CCCUGCCCCGGCCCCGCGCAGGCACCGGGCCGGCAGCGAUGGCGGCGGCCUUGUGCCGCGCCUUCAGGGCGCUCCUGUGGCCGGCCGCUUCGCUGCCCGCUGGGCUGCCCGCCGGGCCGCCCGCGUCGCUCCGCCUUCCGGGGGGCGCGCUGGCGGCUGCCUGCCGAGGGUUGGGCGGCUCGGCGCCGCGCUGCACCACAGACCCCAUGUGGAAGUGCCGGAUCAAGUACACGGUGCGGCCCGUGGGCAUGAAGAAGACGGGCGGCCGCGACCACACAGGCCGCAUCCGCGUUCGGGGCAUCGGCGGGGGACACAAGCGGCGGUACCGCAUGAUCGAUUUCCAGCGGCUGCGCUACGAGGAGGGCGCCGCGCCGCAGCCCUUCACUGAGAAGGUCAUCAACGUCCGAUACGACCCUUGUAGGUCGGCUGACAUCGCCCUGGUGGCCGGCGGCAACCGGAAGCGUUGGAUCAUUGCCACGGAGAACAUGCAGCCAGGGGACAUCAUCACGAACUCCUCUCACAUUGGCAGAAUGGCAGUGUCAGCUAAUGAAGGGGAUGCCUACCCGCUGGGGGCUCUGCCUGUUGGCACGCUGAUCUGCAACCUGGAGAGCCACCCUGGGAAGGGAGCGCAGUACAUCCGGGCAGCUGGGACUUGUGGGGUGCUGCUGAGGAAAGUGAAUGGGACGGCCAUCGUGCAGCUGCCCUCCAAGAGGCAUAUGCAGGUGCUGGAGACUUGCGUGGCCACGGUGGGCCGUGUGUCCAACGUUGACCACAACAAGCGGGUGAUCGGGAAGGCAGGCCGGAAUCGCUGGCUUGGCAAGCGCCCACACACAGGCCUGUGGCAUCGCAAGGGUGGCUGGGCUGGGCGCAAGAUCAAGCCUCUCCCGCCCAUGAAGAGCUACGUCAACCUGCCGCGGGUUACAGCACAGGAGUGAUGCUGCCAGCCAAUAAAGUUCUCCAUACCA